GCGGAUGCAAGACGACCGAUCCAGGAUGUGCAGGGUGAUACGACAGCUCUUCCGACGUCUCCUUUGGGCGUGGUUAAUUCUAAAGCAGGUGUACUUUUGGGUAACGUUAGUCAGUAUUCAUACUUCUGAAGAUCGGUCAGUAAGGUGGGGAGCUAGGUGUUACAUGGACUGCAUUGCCAGUUUCUCCCAAGACCCCGUCACCGCAGAGGCUGCAGCUCGACGAGCUUCUAAACGGGCCGCCUCGUGCUGGCAGACGCCAGCUGCUUGACUGGAACUUGGAGUUUGAUGGCGAAGGUAGUAUCCAGGUUUCCUUAGGGUUCCUUGAACAGCGGAUUGCUCGUCGGCCACGUCCCAACGAAGAGAGUCCUGAAAUGGAGGCUCCUCAAUCUUAGUUCCGACUCUGCUUUUCGCCCCGGACACAGAGUGUCCGACACUCAGAUGCUCGGGUGAUCGCUCGCUGGUGAUGUGCGGUCAACGCCAAGAACGGGACAAAGCUCCGAGACCCGGGACAUGCAGCCAGCUCUCCUCAAAAGUCGCCCUACACCCGACGAGUACCGGACCCCGGCCAACUAUGGAUCGGGAAAUCUCCCGCUUGUGGGUGCCCUUUCGGGACUGUGGAGAAGGGGGCCUGCGGAAUUU